AUGAUAACAAAUGCAAGAGCACCUGAUAAUAUUUAUCAGCGUAUACGUUACUUUGAUGAACCAUUUGCUUAUAUAUGCUUAAAUUAUCAGGUGGAAAAGUAUUGUUCUCAUUGCUUAAGAAAAUCUGAUAAUGGCAAACUUUAUAAAUGUGCAAAAUGUGAAUUAGCAAGAUAUUGCAAUAAGGAAUGUCAACGUUUGGCAUGGAAAAAACAUCAUCGCGCGGAAUGUCAACGUUUAAAAAUGGUUUUUCCAAAUUUGCCACUUUCUGAGGUGUUAUUUCUCAGUCGCAUAAUUGAUAGGAUAUUAUUGUUAGAGCAAUUUGGUGACAAAUAUAAAUGGGAAAAAAGUAGGAAAUGGACAGAUUUAAUGGGACAUGAAAAUGAUAUUCGAAAUGAUAAGCUUAAAUAUGCACAUUUUGAAAAAAUUUAUGAAAGAAUGGCAAAAUUUCGAAAAGAUGAAAUGAUUGAAAAAGAGAAAUUUUAUGAAAUUUUUUGUAAAACAACAAUUAAUUCACAUUCAAUACAUACAAAUGCUGGCGAUGAAAUUGGCUUAGCACUUGAUUUAGGUGUCUCUGCAUACGAUCAUUCCUGUCGUCCAAAUUGCUCGCUUGUUUUUGACGGAUUUCACGCUUAUCUAAGACCGUUAACUUCAGAAACAAACGUUUUUGAUUUGCAUGUAGCACGUAUUAGUUACAUUGACAUUGGCUGUUCACGUUAUCAACGUCAAAAACAACUUAAAUCAAAAUGGUAUUUUGAUUGUCAAUGUGAUCGAUGCAUGGAUCAAUCAGAUAUUAUCCUAACAUCGAUACGUUGUAAAAAUGAAUUAUGCGAUGAAGCAUUAAUUAUAACUGAAAUUUCUGAACCAAUCGAUAUUAAAUGCUCAAAAUGUAUGCAAAUUACAGAUGCAAAUCAUAUUAAAAUAUGUCAACAAUUAAUGCUUAAUCUUCCGAUACAAUUUGACAUUAAUUGUAGCACUGAAAAUAUUAAAGAAAAACUUAAUGAAGCAAUGAAAUAUUUGCAUACGAAGAAUGUUUAUGUGACACGAUUGAAAGCUGCACUUCUUCAUUUCACUGGAACACUUAAUGAUAAUUUACUUUUCAUUCAAAAAAGUGUUUAUGAAAAUUAUAGAUUAUGUUUUCCACGAUCCGAUCGACACCUUGCAUAUCAGUUAUUAAAAAUUGUUAAAUCACUUAUUGAAAAAGGUGAACGAAAAGAGGCUGUAUCAUAUGCAUAUGAAGCGAUGAGCAUAUUUGAAGUAUGUUUUGGUCUCAAUCAUCCGUAUUAUCUGCAAACGCUUGCACUUUGGACAUUUCUGGAUCAGGAAAUUGCAAAAACAGAUGAUGAAUUAUUUGCAUUAAUGAAUUUUCAGUCAAAUAAACCAGUUGAUUUAUCGGAAAUUUUGUUAAAAAAAGCUUAA